AUGCGAGGCCGUGAAAAGGAUAAGAAGAGACGACCCCUCAUCUCUGGACCCUUUGGUCCUGUCAAAAGCUCGAGAGGUGCCGAUCUCAUCCGAAGCGAGAGGCUCAUCAUUGUCGACACCAUCGAUGACUGUGAGACGGCCAGCUGUGACUCUACCCCCAAACAUCACAGCCGCUUGCCAACACACAGCUUGAGGCACAUCUCGGACAGUUUUCGCAGUGACGGACAGUUGCCGAGCAGCCCUACCGACGAAAGCAGUCAUAUCGCUUCCACCCCGACCAUCAAGGCCUGUCGAGAACCAAAGUCGUCAAAGAAUCUGCGCAAAAGUUUCUUGACAACGACCUCAUCCAUACCAAAGCCCUCUUUCAAGACCACACUGCUCAGAGUGUCAGUCGCCGCUCAGCAGGACGAGAAUAUCCCCCCAGCAUCUGACGGUCUAUUCCAUCCGAACCCAUCAGCACAGCGCGCAGGCAGCAAGUUGCCACAGUCUCGGACCAUGAGCGCCCUCCAUGAAUUGAGAACAUCCAUCUCUCGACCAUCGUUGGCUGCUCGCUCCGUCAACGCUUCCGCCGUUGGAGGCCCCUCUAUCAAAUCAUCUCCGUCUUCUAGCGGAACGACUUUGACCCCUAUCAAGCUUUCAGAGCUGAGAAUGGCGCAGCCAUCUACAACUUCACUGGCCAGGUCGGCCCAAAGCUACACCUCGGAGACGCCAACUUUUCAGAUUAGCAAGGCACAGUCAUCCGCCUACUGGAGUGGUCGGUUCAUGGCUCUCCACGAUCGGUUCUCCUCCGAGAAUCUGGCCUCAGAUGCUCGUGAAUCUCGCCUUUCGCCGGCCGACUCCUUCUCGGUCCAGCCAAGGACUCCAUACAGCAGCAUGCACCAACGCGCCUCUCAUCUUCCCACUUCAACCACCACUUCGGCUUUGAGGAGCCUCAUGACCUCGUCCAGCACUUCAUCGAUCAGUGAAGAAGACGCUCGGGCCCGCCGCGUCUUCGAUCAUCUCGAUUCGCUCUGCAGCACAGCCGAGGCACGACGCUCCCUGCACAUCUGGCAGCAAGCUUAUGCUCGUCGACAUAACAGCCCCUAUUUACUCCCUGAAGGCGGCUCCAUGGGCACCGUGGAAGCGAAGGGCUUCUUGGCCAAGCUCUUUGGCAGUUCUAAGAAGAACGAAAGGCACAGCUUCUCCAAGCUGCAGCAGUGCUCUAUUUCCCACGAGAACAAGAGCAAGAGCUUUCUGCCCGGCAGUCUCUCAAGGGCUUCUCGCGGAAAGCGCCUUACUGUGACUUGA